AUGGUGGCGUUUGAAGUGAUGCAUUAUCUUAAGAGGAAGACUAAAGGCAAAAAAUGUUUUAUGGCUCUCAAGUUAGAUAUGAGCAAGGCCUGUGACCGUGUGGAGUGGGAUUAUCUUAGGCUCGUUAUGGCUCGUAUAGGUUUCUCUGAGAGAUGGAUUAAUCUAAUUAUGGCAUGUGUCAAUUCGGUCUUUCUUCACUUAUCAAGAAGUUUGAAUCUCAACGACUUUUACAAGGAUGCAAGGUGGCUCAUGAGGCACCACCUAUCACUCAUAUGUUCUUUGCAGACGAUAGCUAUCUGUUUUGUCAAUCAACUACUAGUGCUUCCGGCAGUGUCUCAAACUUGCUCAAUCAAUUUUGAAACUGCAUCUGGACAAAAGGUAAACUUUUCUAAGUCUAUUGUGUUCUUCAGUCCUAAUAUGUGUCCUGCAACUCGUGUCCAGAUUUGUGAUAUUCUCCAUAUGUCUGAAGCCUCUGAAGGAAGCCUCUAUCUCGGACUUCCAAACAUUAUUGGGAGAAAUAAAAAUGUUGUACUAAGAUUUUUGAAGACCAAGGUAAUAGCAAGAAUUGAUAGUUGGGAUGCUAAACUUCUUUCUCGUGCCGACAAAGAAAUUCUCUUGAAAAGUGUUAUCCAAUCGCUCCCCACAUAUGCUAUGAGUGUUUACCUCCUUCCACUUGGCACAUGUAAAGAAAUUGAAAAACUUAUGGCCCGAUUUUGGUGGAAGACAUCUUAUAGUAAAGGGAAAGGUAUUAUUUGGAGGUCUUGGAUUGUAUGA